UAACUGGUGCAACAUGUCCAUCACCUUGCCGCUUGGCAUCUGCUUGAUGUUAUGCUGAUUGUGCUGAUUGCAAGUCUCUGGCAAUGCUUAGGCACUCUCGCAUCCGCAGCUGUAGCUCCGAAUCUGGUGCAACUUGUGGGAAGAGAAGCUGCGCAAAAGCUGGAGAGCUAUGCUUCUUUGCUCCUGAACUGGAACAAACAGAUCAAUUUGGUCUCGCGUGAAAUCCAAACUGAAGAUGACCUCAUGGAAAACCACAUUAUCCCGUGUUUGAGUAUUCCACUGGCUGCCGAUUUCCAGCCGGGCAGCACGGUCUUGGACGUGGGCACCGGUGGUGGCUUGCCUGGUCUGGUCUCAGCCAUCUGUGCUCCCGAUGUUCGUUUCACCUUGGUGGAUACGCAGCGGAAAAAAAUCAUGGCCGUGGCGAAGAUGGCCACGUUGCUCGGCGUGAAAAAUGUCUUGCCCUUCCAUCAACAGGUGGAACACAUCGCUCAACAGUACGACUUUGUGACGGGACGGGCUGUGAUACGCUUGCCCACAUUUCUGCCGAUGGUCACGAAGAACUUGCGGGGAGGCAUUGCAAGAUCCGAAACAGAUGGACUUGAUGGAUCCAGACUGGGGUCGAGACUGGGGCCUGGCAUUCUCUAUUUGAAGGGCGGGGACUUUGACGAAGAAGUGCAGGAGUUAGGCUUCAGUCCCCUUCGUUCCAGGCUGGAUCGCUGGAUUCCCAACUUUGACGGUACACAGGAGUUGCUGUAUUUCCGAGCAAAAGUGCUGCCAGAUGCUGCCAGUUACAAGCUGCACACCAGCGAUGGAGAUGUCUUUCCCAUCAAGGAGGCCCGGAUGGCAGCGUCCAACCUCAAGCUCACUCAGUACCGCAGUGUGUUGCUGCUGGGCAGCUCGGUUGCUCGCGCCUUCGGAUUGAAAGGCCAACUCUUUGAGCUCCAGAAACGUGGAACCACGCGCUUGUUGGCGUUUCCACAUCCUUCAGGGGUGAGCCACUACUGGUCCCGACCUUGGCAGUCUGACGGCAGUCGUUUUGGCAGUCUGGUGAGUCGGAUCGCGAGGAACGACAAAGCGAACACCAAGAAAGCACAGAAGGCACCGUCGGCACCGUGCACCGUGACUGUCUGA